ACCGGUACCAGGUACUAGCUAGUAUCCAAAAACGGUCAUUUCGUCAAGCCCCACGCACUUCACUCCUUCGUUUUCAGCAGCUCACAACUACACGCAUCCAUCAAUCAAGAUAUCAAGAUGAGCGCUGCACUUGCCGAUGAUCUCCUGUCGACUUUGUCGGACUCUCAGAAGCAGUUGGUCCAACAACUGAACUCGGAAGAAUGCGGUCAAUCGCACCUGUUUGCCGAUUGGCCGGGCAUGUCACCACAAGACCGUACUGCCGUGGCUACACAAUUGGAAGCCUUGGACGGCGCCUACGGUAAUGGAGGAUUAGCGGGAUACGUCAAAAAUGCCGUAAAGUUAUUGGAAAACAGCCGCAAAGGUGUCAACCCUCUAGACGGAUGGGAGCCUCAAGUCCCCGAAGGAGCGGCUUUUGAAAUUGGAACCGACAAGUAUAAAGCCACGGAAGCAAAGGGAUUGGAAGAGUUGGGAUCCAUUGGAUUUGUAUUGGUGGCAGGUGGACUGGGUGAACGACUUGGGUACAAUGGUAUCAAGCUGGAACUACCAACAGAGCUGGCCACGGAAACAUGCUACCUGAACUACUAUAUUCACUACAUUCUUUCCAUUCAAAAGAAAUAUGGAAAAGAUGGGUGCAAAUUGCCUCUCUGUAUCAUGGUUUCCAACGAUACACGCGCCGGAACUGAAGCUCUGUUAAAAGCAAACAAUAACUUUGGGAUGGAAGAGGGACAAAUAUCCAUUGUCCAACAAGGAUCCGGUGUUCCGGCGUUGCUCGACAAUGCCGCGAAAUUUUCCAUGGACGAGACGACCAAAAUGGUGAUAACAAAACCUCAUGGUCACGGAGAUAUUCACGAGCUGCUGUAUACCAGUGGUGUAGCCAAGACUUGGUACAGUGAAAAAGGAAUCAAAUGGCUCUGCUUCUUUCAGGAUACAAACGGUCUGGCCUUUCACACGCUGCCCCUCAUGCUGGGAGUCUCCAAAGAACUUGACCUUGUCAUGAAUUCCCUGGCUGUACCCCGAAAAGCCAAGCAAGCCAUUGGAGGCAUUGCCAAGCUCACAAAGCAAGGAUCCGAUGAAGUCAAGACUGUCAACGUCGAAUACAAUCAACUGGAUCCCUUACUUCGAGGAUCGGGAUUUCCAGACGGUGAUGUCAAUGACAAGGAAACAGGGUUCUCUCCCUUUCCGGGGAACAUCAACCAGCUACUCUUUCAGCUCAAGGCAUACUCCGAUGUGCUAGAAAGAACCAAAGGUAUCAUGCCCGAGUUUGUCAACCCCAAAUACAAGGACGAAGCUAAAACAAUCUUUAAAAAGCCAGCGCGUCUCGAAUGUAUGAUGCAAGACUUUCCGACAGUCCUCUCGGGCGACGAUGCCAAAAAGGUUGGCUUUACCAGCAUUUCAUCGGACAUGUGCUUUUCACCCGUCAAGAAUGCCACGUCGGAUGGUGUAGGCCUGCAACAAAAGGGAACAGCACCGGGCGUGGCAGCCACUGGAGAGGCCGAUCAGUACGGAGCGUUUAAAGCAAUCAUGCGAUCCAUUGGCUGUCAGGUCGAAGACGCCGCGGAGGAAACUCAUGAAGGCAUCAAGGCAGUUCUCAGUCCUCAAGUAGUACUGAAGCCAGACUUUGUGACUUGCCCUGCCGAGUAUUCCGAAGUGUUCCCCAGUCCGGACAAGGUCAAGAUUAGUUCCAAGUCCUCCCUGGUAGUCAGUGGUCCUGGUAGUGUAGUGAUUGAGAGCCUGGAUCUGGACGGUGCCUUGGUGAUUGAGUGUCCCGAAGGGGAGACUGUGACUGUUAAGGAUUUGACCGUGAAGAAUGAUGGCUGGGUGCGUGAAGCAGCUGAUGCCGGCAGCCCCGAAUACAUUCGAAUGCGAGGAUACAGGUUCGUCAAGAAGGAAACAGCAAAGUUUGGCCCAGGUGGAUUGACAUAGCUAUUGGCAUAAUCCCUCCAACUUCAAUCCACGAGGAUUGACCGAGGUGUUGACCAUUUCGCAUUCAAUAUUGUAGAGUUCUCGUACAGCAGCCUUUUAAAAAUUUGUCGCUUGUAGGAUAUUUGAUGUCUACGAUGAAGACUAGAGUGUUGUAAUCGUCAAUCAGUUUUCAUGGCGGAUUCG